AGCCUAUCCGUAUCGUCGUCGCUAGUCGCAAACUCGCAAUCCCACUCCCACAGCAGGACAGGCCACAGGUCCUCCCAAAUCAGAGAAAUCUUGAAUCUCGCUAUUCACGCGGCUAGGCAAGCGAGUCCGGUCUUUCCUCCCGUCGCCGGCGAGCGGCUGAGGCGGCCAUCCCUUUCUGGAUAGGAUACGACGGCUCGCGAUCCCCUCCCGCAGGCACCGAGCGCAGUCGGUGCCCGGUGAGUUUGAUAUUGUUGGCAUGAUGGCGAAACGAUGCACGGACAUCUUGCUAGCUCCCCGGCCACGAAAGACGAAGCGGAUUGAUAUCAAUUCUUGCAGAUCGAGGUUCUUGCUCCCUUACAUCCCGGAUGAGGUGAUGUUCGACGUUCUGUUACGACUGCCAUCCAAGUCUCUCAUGCGGUUUAAGUCCGUGUGCAAGGCUUGGCACGCCAUGAUAUCAAGCCCAAUUUUCAUCAACGCUCACCUCGAGUGGUCAAAGCUAAAGCCAUCAUCACUGCUCAUGGCUCCUGGCUUUUACCAGAAGCAGAAGAACGGUCAGAAUAUUGCCUUUCUGAUGGGCCUCUAUAAGUACCAGGGUGGUAAUAAUAAUGUAGUGCAUCUGCAUGAUUUUCCACGUGAUUUUCCGCAGGUAUUGGAUACAUGGACUCGCCCUGUGCACUGCGAUGGUUUGCUCCUUGUUUCCAACAUGAGCAAAAAAAUGAUUAUCUACAACCCAUCAACAAGAGAGAUUGUUUCCCUGCCAAAAGGGAGCCGUAACCUUCAUAAGGGCACAGGGAUUGGAUUUGGGUUUGACCCUCGCAGCAGCAAGUAUAAAGUGGCGAGAGUUUUUUAUCAAAGGGAUGACAAAACAUCAAUGUUGGUCUGUAAGUUUGAAGUGCUUACCCUGGGCACUAUUAAUGUAUGGAGGCAAACUGAAGACCCACCUUAUCCAAUUGGUAAGUCGACUCCAGUUCAUGUGAAAGGCGCUAUCUACUGGAUGGUUUCUCGAACAUCACUUUGCCCAGAUCCACCCAACACACUUGUUCGAUUCUGUUUGACUGAUGAGAAGUUUAGUCUGUUUCCAUGCCCAUGCAAUGUAAAGCCUUCCUGUUUGACCGGAUUGGGGGAUGAAUUGUACUGUGGCUAUUUUUUCAGUCAACCACUCCAACUGGAGAUUUGGGGUUGUAGUGUUGUUGGGCAGAAACCUGAAUGGACUCGACGCUGCGCUUUACAGAUUCCACCUGAUGUUAUUAAGCGGCCUGUAGCAAGUCCUUUGGUUGUCUUUCAUGGAAAAAUGUUGCUGUUGGCGUUGAAAAAGGUCUACAAGUAUGACAUCCAAGCCUGUAAAUUGGAGAAAAUACCUUUAGUGGUUGAAGACUUCAUGUGCUAUGACCGCGAAAAUAAUAUGUACCAGACAUAUUCAAAGAAGGAAGUACUUACAAGUUGGAAGACUUACAUCUGUCAUGCAAAUACUCUUGGCCAUGUUUUUCUUCUUGUCAAUUGAGGUGCUGACAAAGAAAUGUGCUACCGUCCUCCUACUCUUUCAGACGAUGAUUUUUCAGAGGAUGAGAACCCUGCAGACCAGCAGCCUAGAAGAGAGACUGAACCAAGCUCGCUCCUCCAAAUUAUUGAUUCUUGGCACAAUAGUAAGGAUGUCUCUAGCAAAAAAAACUCGAGACAUUGAUGGGCUUGUUGAUUGUUCAAGGAGUGAGACUUGCUGCUUCCAUCCCCAAAUUGCAGCAGUUAGCCUGGUAACUUUCUGAAAGCACAAGUGCUCGUUGUUUUUGAUCAAUCAUACAUGAAACAAAAUGGCACUCCUAUGGUUAUCUGUCUACUCAAAAUGUAUGUUCGGCUAUAUAUACUGGCAGGAGUCGUCUAACAAAGUAGCAUUCUUUUGUUUUUCUCAGUUGAAGAGGGCACGUUUAUGAUGUCAUAUGGUUAACAAAGUCUAGAGUUCUAGAGUUAUAAUGAGGAGGAAUUCUGGAACCUGAAAGCUUGGUAGUUUUUAGCCAAGAUGUUAUUAUCAUUUGCUCUGGUGAGGGUACAUAUCAAUAAGGUGGAUCAGUCUGAUUCUUUUUUUGAAACUUUCCUCGCAUUUGAUGCCAUCUAUUGUUCUCCUUUUAUGUUUGUCUAUCGUUAUUCAUAAAUUGUUGUUUUCCACACUUAACCACCCCCAAUGGAAGCUAUAAAAUUAUUCAAGCUCCAGAAGGGGUAGUAGUUGGACUCCAAUCUGUAGGCAACAUCAAAAUUUGCCUGGCACGUACGAAUAGUGGAUUAAUGUUUUAUCACUUUAUUUCUUUCCUUUCUUCUUCUUAUUAUUUUUUGGCAAGGAAUGGUUUAUCACUUUGGGUGUUGAACAUAGGAGCACCAGGAGGGGCAGUAGUUAGAAUCCAAACUGCUGCUGUGCUCUAAGAUUCCUGCGACUCUCAGAGUAGUUUAUAAUCCAUCUUGGAUUUGUUGCAUUACUACACGCACACGCAUACUGGAUCAAUGGUCUAUUACUGUUUUUCUUUUCUUUUUUUCCUCAAAGAAUGGUUUAUCAGUUUGGGUGUUUAACAUUUGAUGAGCUAGUAAACUUGAUUUGGUUAAUGAAAUCUGCAGUAUCUAUGUACUGCAGGAGCCACACAGAGUGUUUAUUUGGCUUGCUCUGCCACCAAUCGGAUUUGGAUAGUCUCACAUUUAUUUGAAGCUAAGUAACAAGAUGUCGAUUGAUGUAUUGAAACAUUUAUGUCGAUGAGGAUAUAAAUCCAAAACAAUAAAUGCUAGAUUGAAAAAAAAAAUGAUCUAAUAAUUAUAGAGAGCAGAUCAUCUGAAUUAUGUAGUGCUACAAUCAUUUGAAAAAUCUAUGCCAAACAUUAAUUGAUGGGAAGACAAAUCCAUAUCAAGAAAUAUCAUACUGAAUAAAAAUCCAAUGGAUAGAGUAUAUAAAAUAACACAAGAUCGCCGAUUUGGAUGUCGACGUCAUUUCUAUCUCAAUCCAAUCCGCAAGAUAUCAAAACAUCAAUGGACACAAAUCUAAAUGCCAGGAUUAAUGCAGGAUUAAUGCAGGAGAGAACAUAUAUAAAUUCAGAAACAGAUUGAUUAUUCAUUACCUUUUUUUUAGAACAGAUUAUUCAUUACUAGGAUUGCUUAACGUCUAUGCCUGAAUACAAACACCAGCAAAGAACCAUAUAUAUAAUGCCAAUGAGCAAGACGAAGGAGAAAAGGUAAAGAGAAAUUCAGAAAUACUCGAUUGAUCUGCAACUUCUUGCCAUGGCACCCAUCAAGAUCAAUAAGAUUAUCGCUGCUACUUUCUUCAUGGUUCUUGUGAUCAUGUCCUGCGCCCUCACAUCCACACUUGCUUGCCGGGGUGGGACGGAGUGCACCGUUGAAACGCCACACUGCACAAUGGAUUCAUGCAAUGCAAAAUGCAAGGCAGAGGCCAGCAGCCGCAAGUGCAACAGGAUGACUGCUAGUUGCCACAAAUAUGCUAGACUUGAGAAGUGCUGCUGCACUUUUCACGCAAAGUAAUAUCGACAGUGACAUCAAAAUAAUAAUAAUAAUAAUAAUAAUAAUAAUAAUAAUAAUAAUAAUAAUAAUAAUAAUAAUAAUAAUAAUAGUAUCGACGGUUGAUGACAGGAUUAUUGCAUAUGGUUAGAUUAAUCUCAUGGAACCUCUUAUCGCUUUCCGCGUAUAAAUUGAUCCAAUAAACAUGGUUGGCUUUAUGAAUCA